CGUAAAUCUGUUCUCAUGGCGCAUCAUUCGUCUCCUCUCUACAGUACUAAAUCAAUGCAAUAGAGGCUCCACCGUGUACAGUACCGUCUUACUGCAUGUGAGACUUUAUUAAGAAAUUGCAUUUCAGCACAUAGGGGGUGUUGCCACAAAGUAGCCAUAUUGAAUGAAUUGAGACGUUCCGCUGUCAACCAUCGCCGUCAACCCAACUAGGUCCCGAUGAAGACAGCUCCUCGUAAAUUCUACUCCCCACACUUCUCUUCUUCACGAUGGCCGCCACGGACAUAGACAUUUUCGCUAAUGAAGAGGAGCGUUGCCUGGAGCUGGGUGGCCAUGUUGGGUUUGACAGUCUUCCAGACCAGUUGGUCAGUAAAUCAGUCACACAGGGAUUCUGCUUCAACAUCCUGUGUGUCGGUGAGACAGGGAUAGGGAAGUCGACGUUGAUGAACACGCUGUUCAACACACUGUUUGAGGCCGAGGAGGCCAGCCACUACCAGAACGGUGUGUACCUGCGGCCCAGGACCUACGACCUGAAGGAGAGCAACGUUCAGCUCAAACUGACCGUAGUCGACACCGUGGGGUUCGGGGACCAGAUCAACAAGGAGGAGAGCUUCAAACCCAUAGUGGACUACAUCGACACUCAGUUUGAGACCUACCUGCAGGAGGAGAUGAAGAUCAAACGUUCCCUGUUCAACUACCAGGACACCAGGAUCCAUAUCUGUCUCUACUUCAUCGCCCCAACCGGACACUCUCUCAAAUCACUGGAUCUGGUCACCAUGAAGAAACUGGACAGCAAGGUAAACAUCAUCCCCAUCAUUGCCAAGGCAGACACCAUAUCUAAGAGCGAGCUGCACAAGUUCAAGAUCAAGAUCAUGUCAGAGUUGGUGAGCAACGGUGUUCAGAUACACCAGUUCCCUACUGAGGACGAGGCUGUCACCGAGAUCAACUCCUCCAUGAAUGCCCAUCUGCCCUUUGCUGUGGUGGGGAGUGUUGAGGAGGUUGAAGUGGGUAAUAAGAUGGUGAAAGCCAGACUGUACCCCUGGGGAACUGUACAGGUGGAGAACGAGAGCCACUGUGACUUUGUGAAGCUGAGAGAGAUGUUGCUGAGAGUGAACAUGGAAGACCUGAGAGAGCAGACUCACGCCAGACACUACGAGCUCUACAGACGCUGCAAACUGGAGGAGAUGGGCUUCACAGACACAGACCCCGACAACAAACCCUUUAGUCUGCAGGAGACGUAUGAGGCCAAGAGGAAAGAGUUCCUGGGGGACCUGCAGCAUAACGAGGACGACAUGAGACAGAUGUUUGUCAACAAGGUGAAGGAGACCGAGGCAGAGCUGAAAGUAAAGGAGAGAGAGCUCCAUGAGAGGUUUGAGCAGCUGAAGAGGAUGCAUCAGGAGGAGAAGAGGAAUCUGGAGGAGAAGAGGAGCGAUCUGGAGGAGGAUAUGAACGACUUCAACAGAAGGAAGGUGGCAGCUGAGACGCUGAUGGGUCAGUCUCUACAGGGAUCCUCACAACCAUUCAGAAAGGACAAGAAGAACUUCUUUAGUCUUCCGUCUGCGUGCUCCCUAACAUCAGGAAGGAAUUUAAAUUAGAAGAAUGACUUUCUACCAACACCGAAAGGAUGGCUGUUCUAAUCUUCCCCGAUUUAACUAUUAACAAUCUAUUGAGCUUACUAUUUUUUUUUACAACGUGAUUCAAAGCUUCAUUUGUGUAAAAAUCCCAAAUGGCACCCUAUUCCCUAUGUAGUGCACUACUUUUGACCAGAGCCCCUGGGAAUAGAGUGGCAUUUAGGACGGACCGCUUGCUGUGAUGUGCUCAUUAUUCCUGAACUCUUCAAGUGAUGUUCCUACCAAUACCUGGUCCUGGAGUCUUCAAUGCAGUGCAGGCCAAGCUCAACAUAAUAUUAAACACGUUCUCUAAUACUUAGAAAGUAUACAGGCUAUCUAUAGGGCUAUAAAGUAGUGCACUAUAUAGGGAAUAGGGUUCCAUUUUGGAUGCAAACUUGGUUCAUAAAAAUAAAAGCUGAUGCUCUAAAGCUGUCAAACUCAACGUUGGACCUCAAAGCCAGUUCUACUGCAUUAUUUUUCCAUUGACCACGUUUACAUGUGCACAGUAUUCUGGAUAUUAUAGCUCAUAUCCUGCUUAAGGUCUUAUUCGGGAUGAGCUGUUUACAUGCACCUUUUGAUAUCCCGCUCAUGAGUAUCCCUGCAUCCAUGAAUAAACUGAAUAUUCCUCAUUUUAAUUAUACGGCUUAAAUGGAUUAACUGAAAUAUAGACACUGAGUGUAAGAUUAUAACCUCCUGUAGUGUAAUGUAAUAUUAACUCUUGCAUAAUUAUGAAUUUCUUGCAGUGAAAUUAUACAACAAAAUGUUAAUUUUGGCUGGGAAACAUGACACAGUGGAGAAUAAUAAUUAAUUUUUUUCAGCAUUUCUUGAGAAAAUGCAAAUGUGAAGCAUUAUCUUUGAUUAUCUUUGUGUGAUGCAUUAUCUUUGACACUGUUAUGCAAGCAGACAGUAUUUCAACCGCAUCAAACAUGCACCCAAGUCGAACUGAAGUCUUAACAGAAACUUGUUUCAUCGUUUUCUCAGGUUUUCAUUUCCUUAAAACCCUUCAAACUGAUUACAUGUUUUGGGUUAUUGCGUUUUCUCCCCAGUCCCUAAACGAGAAACAACUUUGCAGGUGUUCAUUUGAAUGCAUUCGUAGCCUAAUCUUUCUAUCAAUGUAAAACAUUAUUCUGGUGAUGUCACUACUUUAUUUAGUAUUCUGGGGCAAUAAACUGUGCAGGUAGCCUACCUUUUUGAAGUGAUUUGACAGUCAGAUGAAAACAUCACACAAUACCCAUGAUAUGCGAAACUGAGCCUGCGUAGACCACAAAAACCAACAGUGAACGGGAUAAGAUGUUAUCAUGCCACAGUAUCCCGUCUAACGUCAUCAUAUCGAAUGGCGUGUAACAUCUUUGUGGGGCAUGCCAGCCGAGCCACUACACUACACAAACACAACACUAAACAAUACAUUCAUUGCAUUAUAACGGUGACAAACGGUGCCCACAAACUGUUAGGGCCUCCAUAAAGCUGUCCCAAUACCUUACCACUGCUACACCUGGCUAUCAGUGGAGCCUUGUCUGGCAGCGAUACAGUUAAUUCAGCCUCAUUUACUGCCUUUUAAAAUUAAACAUAGCUGAUAUGGCUGACUUGCUUAGACAAAUGUGGUUUCUACUGAACUGGGUCGCAAUUGAGAUGUACAAACUAUGGCAUAAGGGGACGACAAGCGGAUAAGAGGCAAUCCAUAAUUUGGAUUACGAGAUUGAUGAGCGAGCUAGGACUGUCUAGUCAAUAUAACUACUUGUUCAGCACUUUUGAAAUGUACAGUGUUCUCCCUGUACACCAAGUCAGAACCGUAGAAUAAAUAAAAUGGCACAUAAACAGACAAUGAAAGCUCUUAAAAUAUUCAAUGACUACAUUUCUCUUAAACGGGUUAUAGGCUACAUGUGCACCACCAAGUCAGAACAGUAGGCAAAAUUAAUAAGGGUAAACAGACCAAAUAAUUAUGGUGAGGCACAUGGGCUACUAAAAGUUUACUUACACAACAUACACUUAUGUAUACUGUAGCUAGUAAAGUAAUACUAUCUCCCUGGCAUAUUACAUCAUUUAUGCAGCAAUGUACAAUACAUUUUUGGACUCCUUUUUGGAAUCUUGUUGUGUUAUCCUCACUUGAACAGGAAGGUGGUGCGGUGGUCCUUCGUGGGCAAAUUUUGCCAUCAAACUUUGUCAUCAAAGUCUGUCAUUCUCCUCCCGGGUGGCGCAGUGGUUAAGGGCGCUGUACUGCAGCGCCAGAUGUUCCACCAGAAACUCUGGGUUCGCGCCCAGGCUCUGUCGUAACCGGCCGCGACCGAGAGGUCCGUGGGGCGACGCACAAUUGGCCCAGCGUCGUCCGGGUUAGGGAGGGUUUGGCCGGUAGGGAUGUCCUUGUCUCAUCGCGCACCAGCAACUCCUGUGGCUGGCCGGGCGCAGUGCACACUAACCAAGGUUGCCAGGUACACAGUGUUUCCUCCGACACAUUGGUGCGGCUGGCUUCCGGGUUGGAUGCGCGCUGUGUUAAGAAGCAGUGCGGCUUGGUUGGGUUGUGUAUCGGAGGACGCAUGACUUUCAACCUUUGUCUCUUCCGAGCCCGUACGGGAGUUGUAGCAAUGAGACAAGAUAGUAGCUACUACAACAACCUUCGUCUCUCCCGAGCCCGUACGGGAGUUGUAGCAAUGAGACAAGAUGGUAGCUACUACAACAACCUUCGUCUCUCCCGAGCCCGUACGGGAGUUGUAGCGAUGAGACAAGAUAGUAGCUAGUAAACAAUUGGAUACCAUGAAAAAGGGGAGAAAAAAGGGGUAAAAAAAAAAGUCUGUCAUUCUCUGGACUAAUGGUGCUUUCAAGACAACUGUGAAAAAAACAAGGGUGAAUCAUGAUGACGUUAAUGAUCUUUAGGUCGUAGCUCUAGAAAGAGGCCAAAGUUCACACUUAAAAUUCGGAGUUGGAUGACCGUUCAAAACAUUUUCCCAAGCUCGUUUUUUCAGAGUUCCCAGACAGGAAGGCCAGUGUUGAAUGUUUAUCAUUUUGAACUUGAACAAGAGAUCCUUAAACCCAGACUUUGGACCACACACCCACUCCACUGAAUAGUAGGCUAGUGAUUGCUUUGCUGUGCUUGCAGUUAGCCACUGAUUCCUUCCAAACCACUCAUUGUUGAAUUUGUAAUUUCCAACUUGUUGUGUAAUUUUUAAUUGUAUUACAUUUUGGAUUAUUUUUUAUUGAACCUUUAUUUAACUAGGCAAGUCAGUUAAAAACAAAUUAUUAUUUACAAUGACGGCCUACCAAAAGGCAAAAGGCCUCCUGCGGGAACAGGAUUUAAAACAAAAUAUAUAGAUAUAGGACAAAAAACACACAUCACGACAAGAGAGACAACACAACACUACAUAAAGAGAGACCUAAGACAACAACAUAGCAAGGCAGCAACACAUGACCACACAGCAUGGUAGCAGCACAACAUGACAACAACAUGGUAGCAACACAACAUGGUAGCAACACAAAACAUGGUACAAACACAAUUGGGCAUAGACAACAGCACAAAGGGCAAGAAGGUAGAUGUUUAUGUCCAAUGGUCGAUGAGCACUGAUGCGUUUAAUCUUCAUUAUUUCUCUUCAUAUGACAACGAUUAAAAAAGAUUUACCGCUAGAUUGUCGACUUGAUUCAUGAUGGUGACUGCUAGCUAAGAUUUUGAAGUCCAAUCAAAGCUACUGUAGAUAUAACGUGAUUUGAUGUCAUUUUAUCUGUGGCCAAUGACCUCGAGCCUUCUUGGAAGGGCACUUCUUAUGUAAGUCUAUGGCAGCACCCAAGGGGCUUGAAUUUUCAAGCUCUACCCUUAGAUUUGGCGGUAACAUAGUGUCCCCAUGAGUGACAGAACACUGAGCCAAUCACGGCGCAACUAGAGAACAUUACCCACCCCUACACUCUGUAUUUUCCGCUGGCUGCCCCACCACCACAGAAAGCACUGAGCUAGGCUGAAACACCUGCAUUUUGGAGCUGCCUUACUCAACAAAGCAAAAAAGAGACCAUGUAUGUGGCUUUAUUGACUCAAUUAUUUCAAAAAAUAUGUUGUUUACAUUGUUUGCAAACUGAUAUGUGACCGGUAUUAAUUCCAAAAAAACCAGGCAACCCAAAUAAAUUUAGGGCUCAAAGCGCCACCUGCCUUGAAUGACGGGUCGCCACUGAUCAUAUCCCAUGCAUCUUAUCCAGGUUUAUCAGAACCGGGUUACAAGCUUUUUCGAGUUAUUAUAAAUGAGAUAUGAUGUUUAUAUGCGUCAACUCAAAAACGGGAUACUUGAGUAUCCCGAAUAAUAACGGGAUAUUGGUGUGCAUGUAAACGUGGUCAUUAUUGUUCCCCCUUUAACCAGGGACUGAUUUAGACCUGGGCCACCAGGUGUGUGCAAUUAAUUAUUAGGUAGAACAGAAAACCCGCAGGCGCCGGACCUCGUAGGGUCCGUUGAAUGCCCUGCUCUACAGCAUGCUUCUCUGCAUGGCAUUUUACAGAUGGAUUUAAAUAAGCAUUAGACAACUAGCCUGGGUGCCAGUCUUUUUCUAUUCUAGAAAGCAGUUGGCAAGAGAGCAGAAGCAGACUGGCACUCAGGCUAUAAUAUAACAAUAUUCAGAUUAAAAGCCCCCAGAGGUUAUAAAUGAAUUAACGAAUGUGCUUUCCUUGCUGUUGUCUAGACCCCCCCCCCCAGGUUACUGUUCUAAUUAGGGUUGCAACUUUCUCUUGGGACAGGGGGGAACAUUCUGAAAUUGCCUUUUUGUCCCCCCCCAAAGUUUUAUCAUUGGAAUGUGAUACAAAACGAGGCAACAGUGUGCUUUAGGACCAUGCAGACGCCUCUGAGCAGUCGGGUCGGCUGUUUGGAGUGUAUAUCCGACUGGAUAACAAAAAAAUAUAUAAUUAUGUCCCCCCCACUUCUAAAACCAAAGUUGCGCCCCUGGUUUUAUUUAUUGCCUUUGACUCUAGUAACUUGUCUUAUUACACUGUGAAGCUGUAGUGUAUGAGUUUCAUUAAGGGUGCUGCAACCUGUAUGAAGUUGUUAGGGUUGUCUAUUUAUAAGGAAUAAGAACUUGAUUUAACAUACUACUGACUUUGUGGACCCCCCCAUAUGAUCUAUGGAUUAUUAUGCCUACUUAUAAAUAAUAAUGUGAUUUGUGGGGUGGUGUUAACAGUUGGGAAUGUAUAAUUUGAUGGCUAUAGAUUAAUCAUUAAGGUGGAUUGUUGAAUUUGUCUGAAAUUGAGAACAAUACGAGACACUAAAACUACUGAAAAAGAUUCAUAUUAUCCUGAAGUGUCCAAGAGUUUAACUAUAAUACCUUGAAAUAUGUUAUCUUAUAAAAGUUAUUGAUUAUACCCUAUCUUGUAUAGAUUCGUUUUUGCUCGCUAUGAAUAAAAA